UUUGGGAUUCAAACGGUUUUCUUGGGGCAGCCACUGUGGGGAAAUCGUUCUCCACCAUUGUUUUUGUUUCCGUCAUUUCCGAGCGAAAAAGAUGAUUGAUUGCGUUUUUUGUUUUUCCUUCUUCGCCCAAAUGAAACCAAGAUUUUCCCCGUCCCUCCUGAUCUGAUACUCUUUGGAAGAAGGAGGAGAUGAUAGGAAAAGGGAUAGGGAAAGUUCUCUUUUCGUAAUCGGCCUCAUUGGCGAUAUUUGUCUUCUCCCUUAUUUCACUGGAAUCGUCCAUGGAUCUGAGUGGGCUUUUAGUUCUGUAGGUGGAGAAAAGAAAGCCAAAGGCAAAAAAAAAUGAAAAUAAAAACAAAAUAAAAAGAUGGCUUUUUGCGACCCAUUUCUUGUUCUUUGUUGAAGUCUGGGGAUCUUCUUCUCACGCUUUAGUUCCUGGCCGUCGGAACAAAAGUGUUACUAGAUUUCGAUUUCACGUCCCGGCUCCCUUGGUCUCGUUUUGCUUCGGACAACCAGACAAUCGUGAGGCUGUAUGUCGCCUCCGGAGGAAAGAAUCUUAUAGAUCUUCAAACCAAGCUUCGCCCGUUUUCUCCUGAUCCCACGAGCCCCACAACUUUUGGAUCUUGGUGUCACGAAAGGGUGGUCGAAAUGUCUUUUAAGAGCCUCGUCCGUGAGCUGAAGGAGAUGAGGGACGGGAUGGGGAGCAUGUCUAGGAGAGGGGGCAGAGGAGGAGGAGCCCCGGAAGGGACGAUGACCGGGCAUGGCCGUGGAUGUGAUCAGCACCCUUGGUCCCAUCAACGGGAUCUGGAGCAGCGGCACCAGCAGCAGCAGCAGGGUAGGUGGGCGAACCUGCCUCCUGAGCUGCUGCUGGACGUCAUCCGGCGGGUGGAGGAAAGCGAGGUGUCGUGGCCGGCGAGGAGGCACGUGCUGGCGUGCGCGGCCGUGUGCCAUUCGUGGCGGGACAUCACGAAGGAAGUGGUCAAACCCCCCCAGCAAUGCGGCCGGAUCACCUUCCCCAUCUCCCUUAAGCAGCCUGGGCCACGAGAUAAUCCAAUUCAAUGCUUCAUCAGAAGGGAGCGAGCGACAUCCACCUUCCGCCUGUACUUGGGUCUCAGCCCAUCACUGCAUGGACAGAACGACAAGCUUUUGCUAGCAGCCCGCAAGAUCAGACGUGCAACGAGCACCGAUUUUGUGAUUUCACUGACCGCCGAUGAUUUCUCUCGAGCUAGCAGUAGCUAUGUUGGAAAAGUGAGGUCGAACUUUCUGGGAACCAAGUUUACAGUUUAUGACAGCCAGCCUCCUUGUGAUGCUGCGGUCUCUUCCGGCAGCCGAUCAACCCGACGGAUCCAUUCCAAGCAAGUUUCACCAAGAGUGCCCGCUGGCAAUUACAACAUCGCUACCAUCGCUUACGAACUCAAUGUCCUGCGAACUCGAGGGCCAAGAAGAAUUCAGUGCACCAUGCACUCUGUUCCCGUCUCCUCCAUCCAGGAAGGGGGGAGCGUCCCAUUUCCCACCAGUUUCAUUCACUCCAUCAGCGAACAGCUCCCCAGCUUAGCAGUUGCAAAGGGCAAGGAACCUGUGAUCGAUUUUUCUUCCACCAGUCUCACCGAAUCACGGGCACCUGUCCAGACCAAUGGGGCGCCACUCAUGCUAAAGAAUAAAGCCCCGAGAUGGCACGAGCAGCUUCAGUGCUGGUGCUUGAACUUCAGAGGGCGAGUCACGGUGGCUUCCGUCAAGAAUUUCCAGCUCGUGGCUGCCGUGGAUCCUUCCCACCACGUUUCCCAUGCAGAGCAAGAAAAAGUCAUUCUCCAGUUUGGGAAAAUAGGAAAGGACAUUUUCACCAUGGAUUAUCGAUAUCCACUCUCCGCGUUCCAGGCAUUUGCAAUUUGCUUGACGAGCUUCGACACUAAGCCAGCAUGUGAAUGAAGAAACACUCACAGGAGGAGUGAUCGUUUUCAUCAAAUGCUAAUCUUCGCACACAUGCGUGUGUAAUGUGCUCUUGUGCAUUUCCCUGAUCGACCACCUACAAGUAGAAUCACCUUCCGAGUGAUUCAUUCUCAUCAUCGCCUGAAGAACAUUUGUUGUAAGUCAAAUCUUUCCUUUUUUUGUGGCUGAUCAAGGAACUUGACUCAUGAGUAUUAUUCGAAGAGCCUCAAUGUAUGAUAAUACAUUAUCCUAGUUGGUGGUACAAGUAAUUGCUUUGUUAGAAAUCA